UAGAGACCCACCGAAGAAACUACCUCACGGAAUCCAAAUCUUCGUUCGCUUCCCUUUUCUUGCAUUGCCCUAAUUCCUCAAAUUCCCCUCUCUUUAUUCUCCCAGAUCCCGGUAAACGCCUCCUUCGCCUUUUCCCUCCCUUUCUCAGGAAAAUUCUCCCAAUUUUCUCGAGAAAGUGAAACGGAAUUAUGAGCUUUCAGGACAUCGAGGCUGGUCGGCCCUUCGGUUCCAGGCGUGGCUUGACCAACGGCAAGCAGGACCCCACGCAGGCAGUGGCUGCCGGAAUAUUCCAGAUCAACACCGCCGUCUCCACCUUCCAGAGACUCGUCAACACCCUCGGAACCCCCAAAGAUACCCCCGAGCUCCGUGAGAAGCUCCACAAGACAAGACUACAUAUUGGGCAAUUGGUGAAGGAUACAUCAGCUAAACUUAAGCAAGCCAGUGACAUUGAUCACCAUGCUGAAGUUAAUGCAAGCAAGAAGAUCGCAGAUGCUAAACUUGCGAAAGAUUUUCAAGCAGUAUUGAAAGAGUUUCAGAAGGCACAACGUCUUGCAGCUGAAAGGGAAACAGCAUACACUCCUUUUGUUCCCCAAGCAGUCCUUCCUUCCAGCUAUACUGCUGGUGAAUUAGGUGUUGGUUCUGAUAAAUCACCAGAAGAGCGUGCCUUACUCGUGGAAUCAAGGAGGCAGGAGGUUUUGUUCUUAGAUAAUGAGAUUGCUUUUAACGAGGCCAUCAUUGAGGAAAGGGAGCAAGGCAUUCAAGAAAUACAGCAGCAAAUUGGUGAAGUUAACGAGAUCUUCAAAGAUCUUGCUGUGCUUGUCCAUGAGCAAGGAACCAUGAUUGAUGAUAUUGGCUCCAACAUUGAGAACUCCCAUGCAGCAACAGCACAAGCAAAAUCUCAACUUUUAAAAGCUUCAAAGACCCAAAGAUCAAAUUCCUCUUUGACAUGCUUGCUUUUGGUGAUUUUUGGGAUUGUGCUUCUGAUCGUGAUCAUAGUUCUUGCUGCUUAGACAAAUAUUGUCUCAAUUCCAUUAUGAAGUAAAUGCAUAUAUACAGAGCAGCAGAUAUCAUCUUCCUUGCUGAAGAUAUAACUUGAUCGGUGUUUUGUCGGAUCUGGCGAUUGACUGGAGUUUGUUGCAUCUGAUUUCAGUACAAGAUGUGGGAAUUCCCAUGAUUUUGUUGUGGGAUGUUAUGUUCUCUCUAUAUGUUAGUGUUUGGGGUUUUCAAAUAUGUAACGACUUAUGUUGUAAGUUCUCUCCUUGUUUCUUUAAUUGAAAAGGUAUUAAUUCUUUCAUUUCCCUUGUAAAUGCAACACUGAAACUGGCUGGUUGUGCUGACUAAUCAGUAAAACCUUCGUAUAUGGUAAUAUGUUUCUCUUUUAGUGUUUUUCUUUCCCAAAGUUGGAACUGUAAUGUGUAUGAAGAAAAAAUUUGGAUGUA